AGCUCCACCCCCACUUCUCCUCCACCUUUUGGUAUCGCCCACGCUCAAGUGGAAACUUAUCAAUCGCCUUGUUGAGGGGGGACAGCACAGCCCAGCAGGAAUUUAGCGCUCAAUUUUAGGAAGAUUUUGAAAAAAACCUGGUACUCGUUUAGUUUGUCUACUAAAAGGCCUGGCUCUCACACUCAGCACUGAGCCUUCCACGCGCGCCUUGGUGUUCGUCUUCCACACGGAUGGAGCGUUUUUCUCCGCCUCAUUCCCGUCCAGUCUCUCAGAUGAUGGAACGUAGAGGCGCCUUUCCUCACCAGUUGCUCUGGUUCAGUUAGAUGGACGCGGCGGCGGGUGCAGCGCGCGCUGCCUCCUGUCGCCGCUCGCGAGCCGGACCGCUCUCCGACCACGUGCCCCGCGGCCUCCUGCUGACGGACUGCGAGAGAGCGCACACACCACUGCACUGAAGCUGGAGCGCGACUUCGCAGAGCUGAUGGAUUUGAAGAGGGUGCUCUCCUUCCCUCCGUAUCCAGGGGACUACCUGCACCCAGUUGUGUAUGCAUGCACGGCAGUUAUGCUGCUCUGCCUGCUGAUAUCAAUUAUGACGUACAUUAUACACCACAGCGUCAUCCGAAUCAGCAGGAAAGGAUGGCACAUGCUCCUGAACUUCCUCUUCCACACAGCCAUGACGUUCGGGGUGUUUGCAGGAGGCAUCAACCAGAUCAAGUACCCUGUCGUCUGCCAAGUGGUUGGCAUCAUCUUGCACUACUCCUCUCUCUCCACAAUGCUUUGGCUGGUGUUCACUGCCAGGAAUAUUUGUAGAGAGGUCUGUAAGGCUCCGCCCCCACCUCAGGGCAGGGAUCCGCCCACACAGGCUCGCCCCAAAGCCACCUUGUUCAGAUUUUAUCUGGUCAGUGGUGGGGUCCCCCUAAUUAUUGUGGGGGUCACAGCUGCUGUUAGCCUGGACAAUUAUGGGAGCAGAGACGAUGCCCCUUAUUGUUGGAUGGCGUGGGAACCAAGUCUAGGAGGCUUUUAUGGCCCCACUGUCUUCUUGGUCCUGGUGAUGUGUAUCUACUUCCUGUGCACAUUUGUGCAGCUGAAGCGACACCCUGAGCGCAAGUACGAGCUGAAGGCUAUGACCGAAGAGCAGCAGCGGCUGGCCACUGCCGAGAUGGGCCACUGCCACGCCGGAGAGCACGGAGAACAUGGGGACCACUCAGGCUGCACAGCCAUCACGGCUUCCAUGCUGGCCAAUGAGCACUCCUUUAAGGCCCAGUUGCGGGCCACUGCCUUCACGCUCUUUCUCUUCCUGGCCACGUGGGCCUUCGGGGCACUGGCUGUAUCACAGGGCCACUUCCUAGACAUGAUUUUCAGCUGCUUGUAUGGAGCAUUUUCUGUCACGUUGGGGCUCUUCCUGCUGAUCCAGCACUGUGCCAAACGGGAUGAUGUGUGGCACCGCUGGUGGGCCUGUUGUCCCUCUAAACCGAAAGUGGAGGUGAAUGGAGAGGCAGCAGGCAAUGCUGUCACUCAGAUUCAAAGCCACACCCCUCCUUCCCACAGCCAGACUCAAAUCCACUGUCCAGCAGAUCCGCCUUGCCCUGCUAAACCUUUACUCUCCCCUCACCUCCACACUUCUUCACCCCAUUGCAAGCUUGGCACCUUGCCCUCCGCUCAGAACCAUGCUAAUACCUGCUGUGCUGCUCUGCACACCUCAUCCCCCAUGCUAGGCGGCUCCUCCCGCCCUCAGUCGCUUCCUGAUGAACUGCCCCGGCCUACUCUCCCCCUUCAGAGUUGCCUGAAGGAUAGAACUAAGUCACGCUCCUUCAACAGGCCACGCCCCUGCCUUAGGGACUACGGCUACCAUAUGGCUUCCACCAGCAUGGACGGCAGCGUGCACAGCUCGCACCUGGACAGUCCUCACAGUGUCCGCCUAGACAACCCACUCACUUGCCAUACUUCACACCUGGACAGCCAGCUGUCCUGCCACAGCCCUCAUCCGGAGAACCAGUUGCGCUGUCCCAGCCCUAGCCCACACUUGGAGGGCCUGGCCUCGCACAGCCUGCAUGACAGCAUAUCCUGCCAUAGCGUGCACCUGGACCUGGACGGACACGAUGGCCACACCUGCCACAGACACACCUGUUGUGCAAAGGCUGACCCUUUCUCCAACUUCUGCUGCCCCAAAACGGAUCCCUUUGCCAGCACUUGCCAGCCAGAGGACACCGACCCGAGUUCCCUGAUAUACAGCAAUGCUAAAACAGCCGAUAAAGAGGAGGACGUCAUUCUGCACUUGGAUAUCCCCCCUCCGCGGGCCGCCCUGUCCUGCUCUCAGGCCACUCUCAGCAGAAAGGGCACCCUUGGCCGUAGAGGGACGCUGAGCCGCAAUGGCAGCCUGCAUGAGGACUACGCCUUCAGUUCAGAUGCCACAGGUAACAUUAGGACAGGGCCGUGGAAAAACGAGACCACUGUGUAGCCCUGUAACUGAUGGUUAACAGCCUGUUUCUUUCUCCCAAGUUAAACUACUGUGUAGUCCCGGCCCAGGGCUGUUCCCAACAAAAAAGGCCCUCUGACCUCUGAACUAAACUACUGUGUAGUCCUUCUGCUGUGGCUCUCAUCUGCACUCUCCCCACAACCUCACAACCAUCACUUUUACCACUAAAUAGAACUUUGUGGCUUUAAAAACCUCCUCUCGAAUCCUAGAUUUCACCAUAUUUUGCUUCUCAUACUCUACUCACUCGUGUCCAUUCCUCAGUUUAGCCUGUUGAAAAUGUUUUGUCCACAGAUACAUUUUUGUUUGUGAUUCUGACAGUUGAUUUUUUUGUACAUUUAACUGUUCUUGGAUAACGUACAUAAUGUGCAAUUACUUCAGUGUGAGUGAAUGUGUGUCUGAGUGCAUGUGUUUGUGUGCAUAUGCUACAUAUGUACAUGUGGUAACAUGCUUUCCUGCUCAUGUAUUUACAUACCUGUUGAGGGUUUAGUGCAAGGAGGGAUUUAUAAUAGUUCUAGAUUUUUCGCCAACUGUGAUCACACCAGCACUGUAAAAUGAUGUAUUUUCACGAAAAGAAACAAGCUAUGAAUCGUCACUGAGAAAAUGUGGAUUUGAUGCAAAUGAAAUUAAGUCACUAGGAAUUUCAUUGAUUUAUAUUUGCCAAAAGUUUCUGUAAAGAACCCCAGCACCAGUUGAAGUCUGAUCCUUGACUAUUCUUGACUAUGGAGAUAUUGAAAGUAUUGUCCUUCACCAUUAAGCCGUGUUGAGGGUUGCUUUUUUCAUGUUUAGCCAUGAAAACAGCUAAACAAACAGUCUUUUGUCAGUUACCAUGGUGACAAAUCAUGAAGAGAGGUACCCAACUAGCAUUCUGGACCGCACAUAAUAUGCACAUAGUGUUUUCUUGCAAGAUGCACAUCUAAAUCAAUGGCCUUAUUAAGUCUCAGUUAUGCAUUGAUCUAGAGUUUUAUGUUGCACUGAAUCAUUCAAGCAGAUUUAGCAUAACAGCAUACAUGAGGGACGGGGUAGUUCUUAAACAUCGUAAACAAAGUCAUUGAGCAUCAGCAGUUGAAGCCUCACAUUUUAAAGGUACUCUUUUUUGUAGGGCAAUUUUCAUAAGGCUACAUCACACUUUUAUAACAACUUACAUAAUUGGGGUGUGCAUUGCUACACUUGUACCUUUUUAGGUGACAGCACUGCUGUUGCACAAAAAGUUAGCAUCAUGAAGUGGACUAUGUUCCAAACAGAUUUCUAUUGAAAAAUAGCCAAGGAAGAUUGGUAGAUUUCUGUGUCAGUUGUGUAACAUAACAGAGACUACUCCAGACAAGCUAAUUAGCUAAAACUACAGCUAACCAGUACAACACUGGAGACACGUCUUCUACAGGUGGUCAGGUGGUCAUUGGACAAUGUGCUAACAAGUUAGUUUGUUAAAGAAAUAUACUUCAACUUUUUUUGGACCAAGCUUACACCUGCCUAGCGUGUUUAUUGUCUUUGGCAAAGUGCUCGUAUUUGGGAGUAGGAACAUUACGUACUUAUUCACAAAUAUGAGUGAAUUUUGACGUUACACAGUUGUGUAAAAACAGAAAAUCUGUGUGUAACUUUGUUGCUCUGUGUAUUUUCUCCACCUUCCCAUGAUUAAAAAAAUUCAUUUGAAAUUAAGCUGGGACUUACUCAUAAAAUUCCUAAUAAAUUAGUCCCAAACUACCUAUUUUACUAUUUUAACCUUUUAAGAUCUACAUAAUUAUGGAACUAGAGGAAGUGCAACAAAUCGUAUACCUUUUAGAUGUAAGAAUCUUCCGGUUAAUCUUAAACAGCAAAAAGGUGAGAGGAGCUUUAAAUACAUUUGGAAGGAAUGGCUGUUAAACAUGUGAUAUUGUAAAUUGGCAUUACUUUAUAGCAAUUUUCACUCACUGUUCUUACCUGUUACAAUCUGUAUCCUGAUGACUUUUAUUAGGACCACAAUGAUUAUGGCUUAUUUAAAUGUAUGCAAAUUCUGUGUGAAUGCAGUCUUAGUUUAUCUAAUUGUCAAAUCUAUCUCUCCAUCCAUCCAUGAUGAAAUGCAAUGAAUACCCAAAAAAGAGAUUGCAGUAUUUGAAUACUUGUAACUUAAACAGUUAACAGAGUACUCAGGUACCUGUGCACAUCCCUGCUACAGAAUCAUGUAUAAACACAUAAUCCAGUAGGUGUCUUUUGUCAUAAUAUCUGCAAGGUGACAUUUAGGUUGUGUCAUGACACUUUCAAGGGUGAGAUGACGUAGACGUUUAAGCAAUAUAAUGAUAAUAAUGACCGAGCUUGCCAAGUCCGGCUGCUUGAACAAAAGAAAGAAUUUCUGUUAAAAUAAGCUUCAUUUUACCAAUUACAAGAUUUAAACUAGGUCACAUCAUCAGCAUCAUGCUAAGCUGAUGCACCCAGAGCUACAAAGUCAGUUGUUUUGACCCAAAACCAUCAUGACAGAACCCAAUGUCAGAAAAAAUCAACUUGGGAUCAACUUGACAAAGCAGACCUUGAUGACAUAUGAUGCCUAUUGCAAAAAGCCUCUAUAAAUGUUUAUGUAGGUUUAUGUCAGUUGUCAAGUCAAGAUGUCGUGUGCCUUACGAACAUUGCCCUAUAGUAAAAUGAUACUCUCCUAAAUUAAUCUCAGUUUUUAGUCACCACUCUUAAUAUGAUGCCAGUCCCCAGCUACCCACUUCCCUUAAAUUCGUCCUUUCUCACGUUUUCUUCUGUAGCAUUUGUCUGACCAGUGUCAGCUCCUCUUUGUAUGAACUGACUGAAAAAUGCCGAAGCUGUCAGGAAUGAAAAUGUUGCCUGAACUGAAAGCUUAUCUUACUGUGAAAUGUGCAGCAAAAAAUGUACACAUAUUAGUCACAUGAUCAUAGGGAAUACGCCAGUAGCUACACAUUUCAGAGCUCGUAUGUGGUGUAGAAUUGCAGUCUGUCACACAAGAGACAUGUUAAUCCUGUGAGCUAGAUAUCUGUCUUGACAUUUGUUUUAAAUAGAAUGCGCCAUAUAACUGAUGGGGAUGGCCAUGAAAACAACAUGUCAGUGUUGGAGACAUGCUAAACAUUUCAAAUAGUCUAUUCCUCGUUUUUUGUUCUGUUGUGUUUCUCUGUGAGCUCAGGGAUCAAGUUGCAUUUUUUCACCAGUAAAGCCACGCAAAUACUGUAAGUGCAUGCGAUUAACUGUCGACCCCUAUGUUACAAAAAAGGAAAGCCAAGAAGAACUGCAGCGAGUCAUUUUAUACACUGCCCACAUUGACUCUGUCUCUGCCCCUUUAAGUCUGCAGACGAACUUCACGUGCCCCCUUUACUUUCAUUUAUGGGAAGAAAGUGAAAUGUGUCUACCUGCAUUUUGUUCCAUGUAUCGUGCCAUUCGUACACCCACCUCUUUUUGAUAGGACAUGAAAGCGCUGCAUUGAUCUUUGUACAGUACAUGUGAUUUGUGCUGUGACCUAACCCAAAGCCAGCCAUUUUGUUUCUUUUAUACAUUUGCCACUGUUUCCAAUAAAUGUAUUUUAUCACCACGU